UAUUAAUCUAUAUAAUCAGUUAACAUCUAUUUAAAUCUAAUUAUAAAUUUGAACAUAAUAAUAUACUUUGGUAUAAUAUUUAAUAUAAUUAGGAUAUACUUAACAAGUGCAUUAUAAUAGUGAGAUUUGAGUGAGUUCAUAACAAAUUUAGCAAUAAUUUUGAAGUUGCAUAAGGAUUUCUGAAUUGAUAGUAAAUUAAUAAGUAAAAUAAGAGAAAGAAUAAAAGGGAUAAGGGAGUGAAUAAAAUGAUAGUGUUGAAUGUUGUAUAGGUAGGAGUAUUGAAAGAGUGAAUAUUAAUUGAGGAUAGUUUAUUAAAAAAUAAAUAAUAUCAUAUAUAUGGAAUAGGAUAAAGGAAAGAAAAGUUAGUAAGAUUAUGAUAAGAUGGCAGCAGAAGAAUUGAGUAAAUUGAGUCUGUCAGGAGAUUUGGUAGGGAAUGUAUCUGCUACAUUGUUGAAAUCUGUAUAGAAAGUGUAGAGUGAUGAGAUUAAGUUGGUUGCUUUAUCAAAGUUUCAUUAAAGUUUAAGUAAGUUUACAGUUCAGAAUGUUUCAGGAGUAAGAUUGUAUUGAAAUAUGUGAGGAUUUGCUUCAGAAGUUACCAAAUGAUAAAUUAUUAAUCUUGUUCGAUUAUGUGAAUUAUUCAUUUGAGUGUUUGAGUAAGGGAACAAAGUUACCAGAGAUGAGUAAUUCAUAUAAUUCAACAUUCUUAUUGAAUGUAUAUAAUAAGAUGGUCGAAUUAAAAGGAUUACCAAUUAUUAUAGAGUCAAUAAGUUAGAAGAAAACAUUACCAACCCAAAUUAUUACAAUUAAGUGAUAUAUAUAUAUAAAUAAAUAAAACCGGGC